AUGUUUUGAGAACACAAUAUAAUAAAUAUUGAUCUCUGAAUGUAGGAUAUAAUGGCCGCUGAACUGUCCGCUCUUGCCACUAUAUGGGAGGAACAGGACGCGCUGGCCAACUGUAGGAAAGCUAAUGGACUGGACUUGAAGAAUAUUAUAACAGAGACAGAAGUUGUCAAGAAAGAAGCCAGAAAGAACCUAUUUGCAAAGUUGACCGCGUCUGGUGGAAACAGACGGAAAAGAGCAUUGGUUGAAAUAACGUGUGAAUUGCUCCAUACACUCGGCUCGACCACUGCAGACGUAUUAACAUCCAGCCAACUGUCUGGACUUGCCAAGGACGAGUUCACUGAUUGUGCAACAAUGUUAGGCAAGCUUAAAACAUUUGACCAAUCCCAAUGGUCUUCGCUUGCCAACUUGGCUGUAAAGCAUUGGGGCAAUGUUGACUCUUGGGAUAGGAAUAAGAUUAACGACCUACGUGGUAUCGUUUCUGGUCUCUCUGUAGAUAACAUUAAAAAACUUCAACUAACAACUAUUGAUGUUGCUAGUGCUAUUGGUAACCAUGGCAACUGGGAUGACGCAGCGAAGCUUACAGCGGCGUUUAAUGAAUGGUUAAAGGAUUCCAAGAGUAAUGAUCUUACAACUAUUACUGGGAAUGAAUUGAGGUUGAUUGGAGAACUCGUGUGUGGAGCUUCAACUGAUCAAAUUACACAGAUUCCACAAAAUGCCUAUAUGACUGCAGUUAAGGAGGUUGGUGCUGCUAGAACGUGUAUUGGUCAACAAUGGACGCACUACGCACAAAAGGCUCUAGCUGGGUAUGGAGCAGAUACCUCUUCAUGGACUCUGGACAAGACGAAACUUAUUGGAAAUGUGAUUGGUGGGCUGCCAAAGGACAACAUCAAACAGAUGACGAGAGCGCAGAUUCAACAGAUUACUCCCGCAACAAUUACGAAAAUCCCAAACAUCAACUUUUGUGGAUUCACUGCUGAACAAUUUGCGUGGUUCUCUGUCAACCAGGCAUCUAGUGUUACCAUGGGCCAACUGGCUGGUCUUGAGAAGGACCAAAGUGAUGCUUUGAAAGAGGUUAUGGCUGAGGUGAACGACUACUAUUAUUAUUAUGACUCCGAUGAUGAUGAAGGAAACAAAGGAGGGAAUUCUAGCUCUGGUAACCAUGGUAAUCUCAUGCUGAUUCUUGCAGUCAUGGUUACAGGAUUGGUAACUAUAGGAUACCUAGGAUAGGAUGCCUAACAACGGCCUC